AUGUCUAACAAGGCAAUAGGAGGACGAGCUUCAGAUUUAGUGAGUAUCCUUUCUUCAUUCGCCAUCAAAUCCAAUGAUGCUGACCCUUGUGGUAGCUUUCUUCCCCAUGUAGCAGACGACGCCGAGGGCCAGGGUUUGGUUGGUGAUGCUGGUUUAUGCAGAGACCUCGAAGAGAAGCUCCAUCUGGAGCCCUUCUUCUUGACGCAUCAGGCAUGGAAUUCAAACGGCUUCUUUAUUGAUCAACAAUUCCUGGGACCAGAUGAGGAUGCGACGGUACUGUACAACCGCUGGCUAUUUUUAUCCUUUUCCGUCUUAUGGGCCAGAAAUCACCAUACCAAGAAAGUGUCCUGCGUCCUUGUUUGCUAUGAUGGGUCAGAGGAAAUAGAAAGCGAGAUCAUGAGAGGUUUCCAGCAAUACCCUCUGACGAACAUCAAGGACAACCCGUACGCGGUCUAUGACGCUCUCCUCCGUAUUAUCAUCUGGCAGUAUAACAAAGCACUCUGGUUGUUUCGGGUGCCCAUUCGCACCAUCGAAAAGGCAAGUAGCACUCGUGUCCGGGUUGUGCAACGCACCAUGGCACUGCAGCCGUCAGCUGGCGGCAAGAAUGUCAUGAAUGUAGGAGACGGCCACCAGGAACUGUUCGAACUUUCGCGUCACACACUACAUAUGUGCGAAACUCUAGAGGUGGCGAUGAGAACAACCAGCCAGGCCCUGCUGCAGGUUCAGUCGCAAGCUCACUCAGCAGAACCUGAAAUGGUAUCUUCAAUGCGCCUGGCUAAUACUAUUUCUGGCAUACGAUUUUCCUCCAGCUUCCUUGAGAAUCUGAAGAACAGAGCCGACGUCUUUGCUAAAAGAGUAGAAAAUGAAAUCAAGUUGGCGGACAACAUGGUCAACGUCUUGCAGUUGAAGAUCAAUCAGGAACUUCUUGAAGAAUCUCGCGACGAAUCAAAAGACCUGACAAAAUUCGUCACUAGCCUCACACUCUUUUUCCUUCCCAUCACUUUCGUAUCUGGUUUCUGGGGAAUGAACAUGAUUGGAAUGGGUGACGAUAGGCUGAUAUUUUUCUCUCCCCAUAUCUGGAUAUUUGUUGUGUCGGCUGUGGUUUCAGUCGUGUUGUCCUAUGCGGCUUGGUACUUGGUCGUUAAGUUUACCAAAGCCGGAAAAAAGUGA